UGUAACAGCAAUGAUUUAGUAGGCAUCACCAGAACUUUCAAACAAGCCCACUGACCUAAUCUUUUUUAUUUUGCUUGGAAACAAACAGCAAAAUGUCCAAGAACCUGUCGAGAACACUAUUUUACGAGUUCUACAAGAGUGAUCCAAAUUUUAUUUACGAAUCUGUGGAGGAAUAUAGAAACUUUAAAUCCGAUCCCGACUUUGCUGAUAAAACCAUUGAGGAAUAUAGACGAGUAAAGGCAUUGGAGAAAAAAGAGACGAACAUCAUGAAUGAGUUAGCUUCGAAUGAGGACGAAACGUCACCGGCUGAAAGUCCAACCAGCUGUCUCACGAGCGAAAUCACCUUGAUUCCAACCGAAAGCGAAAUAGUUGAGACUGUUAAUGACACUGAAACUGAACCAGAAAAUAAAAUUGAGAACGAAGAUACUAUCGUUGAUGAGAUACAAAUUGCAAUCACUGAAUUGAAAGUGGAGAGCUCGGUGCAACAAGAAUUUGAACAAUCGCUGGAACAAUUCUGGAAGCGUGGUGACACCGAGACUUCGUUAAACGAUUCAAAAUCUUCGUCAAGAUGUAGUUCAGAAACUUUGUCAAGAUUAGCAUCAGAAACUGAAUUGAAUACGACUAGGAGCAAGAAAAGGACAAAAUCAAAGUUCAAAAUUCCAAAAUCUCGGUCCACAAUUAAUCUUAGAAAGGUAAAAUCGCGUUACAUGGAUGUAUUCAAAAAGAAUGAUUAAAUUGAAUCGAUACCG